CAGUGAAGCGAUCACCUGUUGGGUGUGUGCGUUUGAAAAUCUGUGACCGUCAGACUAGGGAAUAGGAAGAAAGAGAAACUGCGUGCAAGAUAAACCAAUGCGAAGCCUUUCCAUUGACCCUCGGUCUGCUCGUUGUGAGCUGUUGCGUGCAUUAUACUAAGUAAGAAUGGCGGAGACGGCAGUCCGGCCUCGUCCGGCGUUCUCCACCUACUUUACACGUCACGACACCGGUGGAGACGAUGAGCUGCUGGCAGCGGAGCGAGCCAGGUCGGCAAAGAGGAAUCGCCUUCCUUCACUGAGCGGCCGACAUGACUAUCACUCUUUCCAGGCCAUGAAGGAGGACCCAACUGUGGCCACGCAGUUCAAAAGACCUCCGUCGGCCAUGCCACAUCGACAGGAUCAUCCGUUGGUGGACACUAUCUCUGGCGUAACAGCCAUUGGUGCUGACUAUGGUGCACCUCCCAUUGAUCUACCGACCAACAAGGCACGGCCACUGUCGGCACGGGCCACGGAAGACUACGACUUCUCCAGUUCGGUGGAGCAGCGCGGGGGUGCCUAUGGAGGCGAAGACACACUGACACCAUUGAACCUAACUGAGCAAAGUGAUGCCGGAGCUGACGGGCGAAGACUGCCUAGCGCUGCCAUGCGACGAAGAGCUCGCUCAGCGGGCAGUCUACGUCUGGAGGAGAUGGCGAGACUGCCGGAUGGACGUGAUCGCCGGCAACGACCACCGAGUAGUGCUCGGAAUCGAGCCAUGUCCGCUAGGCUGACGUCAUCCAAGGCACAAGAGCGUAUCAAGAGAUGGGAGGAGAGCGACGACGAUGACGAUGAUUUUGCCGACGAUUCGUCACAAGUACCACCCCUACCCCUGGAUAGGUCACUAACGUUGCCACCGUCCAUACAGUCGCGCUCAACGCCAUCCUCGGCCAGACCAUACAGUUCAACCGGCAGAUCACAGCGGCGGAUCGAGGAGCUGAGUGAGAAAUACGUCUGGACGUCGAGCACGAAAAAAGCAAUGGGAGAUAUCAAAUGGGAGAAGAAGUUACCCAAAGUUCAAGAUGAGGUGCCCGACACAGUCAUUGAGCGAUUUGCAGAUCCAGUGUCGCAGCGCUAUCAACUGCAUCGAUAUGAAGAGAAACCGGAGAAGUGGCAGGUUGUUGAUCUGGCUUGGGACAGAGCACAGACACGAGAUCCACAUCUAUCAACACAUGCAACAAACUUUAUUAGUGCAGCUAACAGAAGUCAUCAGGUUCCCGGUUAUACUGGCUGUGUAGGCAAAGCAGGUGGUGAUGUGGACGUGCCGACCGAGAAGUUCCAACCCUUGUCUACAGUACGCACUGAAAUUCCAUGGAAGACAGACACGGCAAGGUGUGGUGAUAUACCUGGUUAUACCGGCUGCAAGUACUGGACAUCCAACUUUCCAGCUCAUCGUCAUAACAACCCACCUUGGCAUACUACAACAGCACGCGUGCAUAGGGUCAUCCCGAACGAGGAAGACAGCAGCCCAUUCAAUCGAACGGGAGUCUUGUCUCGUCUGGUCACUACCGUGCCACCACACAAUCCAUUCCUGAAGGAGCGCAACGAUGUGGAAUCCAAGCGGUUACUUGCCCAUGACACGACGAAGUCAGCGAGCUUCAAACACCAGCCAAACUGGGUGACUACAGGGCCUGCAGCUGAAGCUAAGCCUGGGUCGCUCAACUGGAUGAAUGCCAGUAGCAGAGCGGCCGAACCGCACAUGGUGGAGUACUCCGCCGAUAUGAACGAUUUCCUGUCCAGGGUUGCUCUUGAUGCUAAAACGGCGGCAUCAAAGAGCACCAGGCUUGACUGAGUAGGCUCGCUGCCCUGUACGUGUAUUGCUUGGUGCACUGCCUGACUUAGUCUAUGCUAGCUAGUGGUUCACAUGCUGCAGUACUGUCACAGUAUACCGGUCUUGUUGGCAUCGCGGUCUACUCUCACUAGCCUGUGCGGAUGCAUGACCACUGUAUGUCUAUCAAGCAAAGCAGGUGAUGCCGGCGUGCGUACACGGCGCCCUGCUUUCUCCCAGCACCGCGGUGACCUCCGUGGAAGUGUGAUCAAAGACAGUGCUGUUGCUGGACCAGCGCCACCAGAUGUUCUGGCGUCAAUCAGGGAGCAUCUCUAUGGAUUAGAUGUAUGCUCGAGUUGUGCUGCGGAGCCGUGUCUUCUCCGGACUCGCUAUCCAGCUCCAAUAAACUCAAAUGGCCUGACGUACAAUCCAUUAUGAUGACCGUAGCCACACAUCCAAGAUGGACUCGGAUACCACUGUAGCUCUUUGUGUUCCUCAGGACUUCAACAGCACACUUGAUGUACCGAAUGUAAAUGAAACAAUGUUCCCAUCCCCAUGCAAUCAUCUACUCCUGGCUAUGAUCCAGUCAUGAACAGCAAAAUCAAAUUGUGAUCACACCCAAGGAUAUCUAUUUUGAGUUAUCACCCCUCGUUGCAUUGUCGGACUACUGUCGGUGGACCUUAUAAGUUAUAACAGAUAUUUGGACAUGUCAAGCAGAUUAAAAAUCUUGUACGUGAAUGAUCAUUCAUGAUUGCUUCGAGCGGUCUGUGGUGUUCACAACAUUGACUGGAUGGAGUUGCCAGGAAAAAAGCAUCUAUUCGUUAAAUUCAGCAUA